AUGUCCCGCCGUCUGGGCCGCUCGAAAGCCCUCAACGACGGCAAGGCCAGAGCCAGCGACGCAGAAGAUCCAGAGCAGGAAUUCGACGAUGCCGACGAAAUCACCCGCUGUGUAUGCGGCCACGACGAGCUCUCCUCCAUCGACGCGCUGGUGCAACUGCUUUUGCAACAAGAGUACCGGAUCAAAGUUGACCUGGGGCUUUUCAUCCAGUGUGACAAGUGUCUGGUGUGGCAACACGGCUACUGCGUUGGACUUUUUGUCAAUGAGGACGUGCCCGAUAAGUACUGGUGUGAAGAGUGCAAGCCAGAGCUCCACAUGUUCAUCACCACCACGCUGAAGCAGCCCAGAAGAACACUCUAUAAGCCAGCAAAUGACAGCAGACCGCGGCUAAUGGAGGAAGAGAGCAUGAAGAGCGAGAAGCGGGCAGCCACGAGACUGCGAACAAGGCGGAGCCCGAACGAGCGCACGCCCGAGGCGUUGAGGGAGAACGAUCGCCAGUCAAGAAAGGAUAGACGCCACAAUAACGAUGCAUUUGAUGAACAACUCCAGAAGGCAUUGCGUGAGAGCGCCAAGGCCUCGGGGAAGAACGAAAGGAAAAGACAGAUUGAGCUGGAACAUACUGGUGGAGAGAAGCGGUCGCACUCAGAGACAUCAGAGAACGACGUGGACGAGUCCAACGCGGAUGAAGACGGCGAGGGUGGUGGAAGUGGCCAGAAGGAAGCACGCACGAGGCUGCUGAGGCCCAAGUCGAGGAGCAGACCCACCUCAGCAAAGCCCAGAGGUUCCACUACGCCCAAGACAGACAAGAACACUAUCAAUAAGGAGGAACUUUUGAGCCAGCUGUCAAAGCCACGGUUUGUGAACGAGAAAUGCACGAUAUAUGAGUUGAGGAAACGCACAGGUGCCAUACUAGAAUGGCUAGGGCGCACGCAGAUGGAGUUGGAGGAAGAAAGAGACUUGAAGCAGAGUCAAUUGGUGGACGCUGCAGAGAACACAUCAAUUGUUGCUCAUUUCAAUGAAGAUCUAAAACUAAUGGAGAAUCUAACAGAGAAGAUCCUAUCUUGGGAACAGAAGUUUGGCAAGUAUGCCCCGUGA